AUGGAAAAAAUUUGUAAAGAACAAACUUUGGCCCAAUCUCAACAAAUAAAGAAUAAUACAAGAUGUCAUAGAGAUUCUAGAGCUGCUGUAAAUAUCAUUUCAAAAAGGUUAGCAAGAAAACUAGGCCUCACAAUUAAAGAACUUUCGAAUACUGUUGUCAUAAUAGCCAAUAAUGCCAGAAAAAGGAUAUUAGACAAAUUACUAGAAAUAAAACUAAUUAUAAGAAAUUUAAUAGUAUCUACUAGCUUCCAAGACAAAAAAGAUAAAAUAAAACUACUCCAAAGCUAUAGUAGUGAUGAAGAUGACUUUUUUGAUAACUAUAAAGAAGAAGAUAUCAAAGAAAAAAUUCCAACUUCUGAAAAGCCUAGUAAAGAUGAAUUAACAUCUAUAGAAGUAAUUAAAGAAUUAGUAAAUGUGAAAACUUUAAAUGAAAAAGAAAAAAAUAAAGCAACACUUCUUUUAAAUAAUUUUAGCAGCUUGUUCGCAACCAGUUUUAAUCAAUUGAGCCAAUUCAAUGUAGUCCAACAUGAGAUAAACACUGGAGAAGCCAAACCUAUAAAGCAAUCUGCCUAUUAA